CCACACGGCGGAAUCCGGUGCGGAGGAAGACUUUCUGUUUGUUUGUUUCGGUCGCGAGGAGAAGUUGUGCUGGCUGGCCAGGGUGAAGGCGGCUCAAAGGCCCCCGCAGGCAGUGCUCAGGGCAGCCCCGCAGCCGGGGCCUGGUGCAGCCGCCGCCGCUGCCGCCGCCGCCGCCGCCGCCGCCGCCGCCGCUGUCAGAGAAGCGGAGGCGGCCGAUGGAGCCCGGGAGCGGCUGCUGCUGCUGAGGCGGCGGCGCCGGCGCCGGCGGCCCGACAUCGACCCCACACCACGUCCCUUCCGCGGGGGUCCCCGGAGCUUGGAAGUGCUGUGUCCGGCUGUGGCCAUGGGAGACACAGCCGUGGAGCCAGCCCCAUUGAAUGCCUCUUCAGAGCCCACUCCAAGCCCACCAGGCACUAAUGGGGGUGCCCUGCUCAGUGUCAUCACUGAAGGGGUUGGGGAGCUGGCAGUCAUUGACCCAGAGGUGGCCCAAAAGGCCUGUGAGGAAGUGUUGGAGAAAGUAAAACUUUUGCAUGGUGCAACCAGCUCCCCAGAGGGACCCCCACUUGAGCUUGUCAAUGGGGACAGCAUAGGCAGUGAACUUCGCUGCCUGGACGAGCCACCCAGCCGCAUCCAAGAGGAGGAUGAGGUGGGGACCUCUAGCUCAGCUAAAGGGGCGAGGAGGCGGCGGCAGAACAACUCGGCCAAGCAGUCGUGGCUGCUGAGGCUGUUUGAGUCAAAGCUAUUUGACAUCUCCAUGGCCAUUUCAUACCUGUACAACUCCAAGGAGCCCGGGGUUCAGGCUUAUAUAGGCAAUCGACUCUUCUGUUUCCGCAAUGAAGAUGUUGACUUCUAUCUGCCCCAGCUGCUAAACAUGUACAUCCACAUGGAUGAAGAUGUGGGGGAUGCCAUCAAGCCCUACAUUGUGCACCGCUGCCGCCAGAGCAUUAAUUUCUCCCUUCAGUGCGCCCUGCUCCUUGGGGCCUACUCUUCGGACAUGCACAUCUCCACCCAGCGACACUCCCGUGGGACCAAGCUCCGCAAGCUCAUCCUUUCAGAUGAGUUGAAGCCAGCUCAUCGAAAGAGGGAGCUGCCCUCCCUGAGCCCUGCUCCUGACACAGGCUUAUCCCCCUCCAAAAGGACUCACCAGCGCUCCAAAUCGGACGCCACUGCCAGCAUCAGCCUCAGCAGUAAUUUGAAACGCACAGCAAGCAACCCCAAAGUGGAGAAUGAGGAGGAGGAACUCUCCUCCAGUACCGAGAGUGUUGAUAAAUCAUUCAGUUCCCCGGUCAGACUGGCUCCUGAGCGAGAGUUCAUCAAAUCUCUGAUGGCAAUUGGCAAACGACUGGCAACGCUGCCCACCAAGGAACAGAAGACCCAGAGGCUGAUAUCUGAGCUGUCCCUACUCAACCACAAGCUCCCUGCCCGAGUCUGGCUGCCAACUGCUGGCUUCGACCACCAUGUGGUUCGGGUACCCCACACCCAAGCAGUUGUCCUCAACUCUAAGGAUAAGGCGCCGUAUCUCAUUUACGUGGAGGUCCUUGAGUGUGAGAACUUUGACACCACCAGCGUCCCGACCCGGAUCCCAGAGAACCGGAUCCGCAGCACGCGGUCCGUGGAGAACCUCCCCGAGUGCGGCAUCACCCACGAGCAGCGGGCAGGCAGCUUCAGCACCGUCCCCAACUACGACAACGACGACGAAGCCUGGUCUGUGGACGACAUCGGCGAGCUCCAGGUGGAGCUCCCCGAAGUACAUGCCAACAGCUGUGACAACAUCUCCCAGUUCUCUGUGGAUAGUAUCACCAGCCAAGAGAGCAAAGAGCCCGUGUUCAUUGCAGCAGGAGACAUCCGACGGCGCCUCUCAGAGCAGCUAGCCCAUACCCCUACCGCCUUUAAACGGGACCCAGAAGACCCAUCGGCAGUUGCCCUCAAAGAGCCCUGGCAAGAGAAAGUCAGGCGGAUCCGAGAGGGCUCCCCCUACGGCCACCUCCCCAACUGGCGGCUCCUCUCAGUCAUUGUCAAGUGUGGGGAUGACCUGCGGCAAGAGUUGUUAGCCUUCCAGGUGUUGAAACAGCUGCAGUCCAUUUGGGAGCAAGAACGGGUGCCCCUUUGGAUCAAGCCCUACAAGAUCCUUGUGAUUUCUGCGGACAGCGGCAUGAUAGAGCCUGUGGUCAAUGCUGUGUCCAUCCAUCAGGUGAAGAAGCAGUCACAGCUCUCCCUGCUCGAUUACUUCCUACAAGAGCAUGGCAGCUAUACCACCGAGGCGUUCCUCAGCGCCCAGCGCAAUUUUGUACAAAGCUGCGCUGGCUAUUGUCUUGUCUGCUACCUGCUCCAGGUGAAAGACAGGCACAAUGGGAAUAUCCUUCUAGAUGCCGAUGGUCACAUCAUCCACAUCGACUUUGGCUUCAUCCUCUCCAGCUCCCCUCGGAACCUGGGCUUUGAGACUUCAGCGUUUAAACUGACCACAGAGUUUGUGGAUGUGAUGGGAGGGCUGGAUGGUGACAUGUUUAACUACUACAAGAUGCUGAUGCUGCAGGGGCUCAUUGCUGCCCGGAAACACAUGGACAAGGUGGUGCAGAUCGUGGAGAUCAUGCAGCAAGGUUGCCGACGUUGCACGGGAGAGUCCCCGCCCAGCCCCGUAAUGACGGUGGCCCAGGUCAUCUGCUCCCAGCUGCCCUGCUUCCAUGGCUCCAGCACCAUCCGCAACCUCAAGGAGCGCUUCCACAUGAGCAUGACUGAGGAACAGCUACAGCUACUGGUGGAGCAGAUGGUGGACGGCAGCAUGCGGUCCAUCACCACCAAACUCUAUGAUGGCUUCCAGUACCUCACCAAUGGCAUCAUGUGACGCCCUGCUGCCAGCCCCAGGGAGCAGCGGGGGUGGGGGGGGCAAUGAGAGACUCCCUGGGAGGGUCAGCAUCCACCCGAGGGAGACAAAUGGUGAGAGUGCUAGCGAGGAUCACUCGGUGAUGAGGGAGCUUGCCCCUGGAGUGGAGGAGUGUCAGGGAGGAAGCUUAUUGGGGUUUCCUGACCCCUUCCCCCAUUUCUGACAGUAUUACCACCUGUGACAGGCUCCAGGAGCCACUGCCCCCCAUGGAGAUGAUGAAGGGAUACUAGAGUUUGGGGGAAAGAAGGGGACCUUUCUGGGGUCUGGGGGGUUUUCCUUGGCUCCCCUUCCCCAUCUGCUCUGGGUCACAGGAAGAGGAAAGGGGAGCUUGACUAAAGGUGGGGACUAGCCAUUCCCUUGGCCCACUGGUUUCUCCAUCACCAUGUCCGUGGUGGAAGAGGCUCACAGCACGUACCUGGCGUUCCCCCUACUGGAGGGGGAAUCUGAUUGCGGCCCCUCCACUUACUGUGCCCCCAUUGGGGAAACAGGGAAAGGGAAGCAGGCCUCCUUCCUUGAGGUGUGGGUCCAGUCCCCAUUCUGCCCCAGGCCCAGGGGGUGGAGAUAACCUGUGUCCGUUCUGACCCCACUCCCUCUGGCCUAGGGAAAAUGCUCUCAAUUUUUUUAUUUUUAAUUUUUUUUUUUUUUUUUUUUGGUUUGAAAUAAAGUCCUUAGUUA